AUGCCGAUUUUACCUAAGGAGGAAACGGAGGGUGUCCGUACCCAAAGUCAACGCCAGCAGGAAACGGAGCAGAGACGAUUUGGUGGUGCAAUGCCACAGACGUCGGAGGGCCAGCCGCCGGCCACGGAGGCCGGCACGUCAGUAGCUCCUGCAUCUGCAGCACCUGACUCAGGUGCUCUGAUGGUGAUGCUGCAGGAGCAGGCCCGUCGCCCGUUUGGAAGAGUAGCUGCAGCGCGGACAGAAGGAACAGGUUCGUCGUUUGGAAGAGCAGCUACGGGGCGGACAAGAGGAACAGACCCGUCGGUUGGAAGAGCAGAUGCUCCUCAUGAAGGACCUUCACGCUACCUUCGGGAAGGAGAUAAAGGAGGUGAAGGAUAG